UUGAUUAUGGAAGAUUCCCACAAGAAUAACACUUCAGAGACAGCACCUCAACCCAGUUCAGCAGUUCAAGGAGCGCACAUCUCUCAUAUUGCUCAACAGUUGCCAUUGCCCCAAACGGAGCCUUACAGCUGGCCAGUGCAGGUACAGAUGGAGUACAGGGGCUACAGACAUUAACCAUGACAAAUUCAGGCAGUACUCCGCAAGGUACAACAAUCCUCCAGUAUGCACAGACGUCGGAUGGACAGCAAAUACUUGUUCCCAGCAACCAGGUCGUUGUACAAACGGCUUCAGGAGAUAUGCAGACAUAUCAGAUCCGUACCACACCUUCAGCUACUUCGCUACCACAAACAGUGGUGAUGACAUCUCCUGUUACUCUUACAUCUCAGACAACUAAAACAGAUGACCCUCAAAUGAAAAGAGAAAUAAGAUUGAUGAAAAAUAGGGAAGCUGCUCGCGAAUGUCGUAGAAAGAAGAAAGAAUAUGUGAAAUGCCUGGAAAAUCGAGUUGCCGUUCUGGAAAAUCAAAAUAAGACUCUAAUAGAAGAGUUAAAAACUUUGAAGGCUCUUUAUGCCCAUAAAAAUGUUUGACUCUGAAGAAACAAAGUAUUUUUGUGGACUUGCCUAAAAUUAGAUCAUUCUUUUCUUUUUAAUGGAGUAUUUUAAGUUAAGAGGUCAAGAAUAAAGCUUUUUAUUUAGUCUUUUGCAACUCAUAAGAAAUCUGAUGACAGAGGAUUAAGCGAGAAAUGACCUCAAGGAGGUUACUGGCACAACUGGAAGCGUCAUGAAAAAACAUACUCAAGGUGC